ACUCCACACAACACAACACCAGCGUUUAUUAUCGCACUCAAGUCCGGAGACUAGAGAUGCUCGGAUCGCUGGCCGCGCUCGCGACGCGGUCUUUGCGCGCACCUGCCGUUUUCGCUAAAUAGAGCAAAAGUCUCGCCGCGGGGGCUCUGGUCUUGCAUUCACCAUUCCCCUCCGUAUUUCCGCCAAAAAAAUGGUGCGCGUCAGCAAUGUUGCGGCCUCGCUGUUGUCCGGCUCAGUGCUUGCGAAUGCGCUGGCAAACGGCAACAAAACCACCACGUCGUGCGAAGGCAUCAACGCCAUUGCGCCAGGCUGCAAGUCGAACGAGUCGCUGCACUAUCGCGACUUUUUCUACAUUGGCGGCAGAUACGUGGACAGCGCGGCCGGGAACCUGACGUACGACCAGAUCUACGUCGAGAAGCUGACUCCGGCGGCCGGCGUGACGCAGCCGAAGCCCAUGGUCUUCUUCCAUGGAGGAGGUACAUCUGGCGUGACAUGGCUCAACACGCCCGACAACCGCAAGGGCUUCGCGUCCUAUUUCCUCGACCACGGCUACCAGGUCUACCUCCUGGACCAAACCUCCGUCGGGCGAGGCACGGAAGAAGACCUCACCGACUUCCCCAUGCGGAUAGGCUCUACGGCCGAGAUCAGCCAGAAAGGCUUCACAGUCCCAGAGGUGACGAACGCGUACCCGCAGUCGCAGAACCACACGCAGUGGCCCGGGAGCGGAAUGCGGGGCGACGCAGCGUUCGACGCGUUCCAAGCGACGAUGCUGCCGCUAACGAGCAACCUGACGGCGCAAGAGCUGUCGAUGCGCGCGUCAGGAUGCGCGUUGCUCGAGUUAAUCGGCCCCGCGUUCCUGGUCUCGCACUCGAUCGGGGCUCUGCAUCCGGUUUUGCUGUCGAACGACUGUCCGGCGCUCGUGGCCGGGAAUAUUAAUCUCGAGCCCGCGACGAUCCCGUUCGAGAGCUACACGGGGAACAGCACGUCGAGCGUAGGGCGGACAGCGGGGCGGGCGUGGGGCCUGACCAACACGGCGAUCGACUACGAGCCUGCUGUCUCCGAGGCCGGGGAGCUGGCUACCGUGGUGGUGGGCACGGACACGCCCGCGAAGCGCAGUUGUAUUAUGCAGGCGGAGCCGGCGCGGCAGCUGCCUAAGAUUGCGUCGGUGCCGUAUGUGGCGGUUACGGGGUCGGCGAGCCCGCACAUGACGUACGACCAUUGCGUUGUUGAGUAUUUGAAGCAGGCGGGGGGGAAGCCGGAGUGGAUUAAGCUGGGCGAGGUGGGCGUGCAUGGGAACGGGCAUUUUGGGCAUUUGGAACUGAAUAAUUUGGAGAUUGCUAAGGUGGUGCAUGAGUGGAUUGGGAAGAGAGUGGCUUGA